GCUCGGCCUCUAUACUUUGAGCAGCAGCAGUCAUUCAUCACUGAUCACCAGCACAGCCGCGCGCAUCCACCGUUGCUAGCAAGGUCGACCAAGCAGCACAGAGAUGGCUGCUGCCUUCUCCUCCACCGUCGGGGCUCCGGCUUCUACGCCGACCAACUUCCUCGGGAAGAAGCUCAAGAAGCAGGUGACCUCGGCCGUGAACUACCAUGGCAAGAGCUCCAAGGCCAACAGGUUCACAGUCAUGGCAGCGGAGAACAUCGACGAGAAGAGGAACACCGACAAGUGGAAGGGUCUUGCGUACGAUAUCUCCGACGACCAGCAGGACAUCACCAGAGGGAAGGGCAUCGUGGACUCGCUCUUCCAGGCGCCCACGGGCGACGGCACCCACGAGGCCGUCCUCAGCUCCUACGAGUACGUCAGCCAGGGCCUGCGGAAGUACGACUUCGACAACACCAUGGGAGGCUUCUACAUCGCUCCUGCUUUCAUGGACAAGCUUGUUGUCCAUCUCUCCAAAAACUUCAUGACCCUGCCCAACAUCAAGAUCCCACUCAUCUUGGGUAUCUGGGGAGGCAAGGGUCAAGGAAAAUCAUUCCAGUGUGAGCUUGUGUUCGCCAAGAUGGGCAUCAACCCCAUCAUGAUGAGUGCCGGAGAGCUGGAGAGUGGGAACGCUGGAGAGCCAGCCAAGCUCAUCAGGCAGCGGUACCGUGAGGCUGCAGACAUGAUCAAGAAGGGUAAGAUGUGCUGCCUCUUCAUCAACGAUCUUGACGCUGGUGCGGGUAGGAUGGGCGGAACCACGCAGUACACCGUCAACAACCAGAUGGUGAACGCCACCCUGAUGAACAUCGCCGAUGCCCCCACCAACGUGCAGCUCCCUGGCAUGUACAACAAGGAGGAGAACCCCCGUGUGCCCAUCGUCGUCACCGGUAACGAUUUCUCGACGCUCUACGCUCCUCUGAUCCGUGAUGGUCGUAUGGAGAAGUUCUACUGGGCUCCCACCCGUGACGACCGUAUCGGUGUCUGCAAGGGUAUCUUCCAGACCGACAAUGUCAGUGACGAGUCUGUCGUCAAGAUCGUCGACACCUUCCCAGGACAAUCCAUUGACUUUUUCGGUGCUCUGCGUGCUCGGGUGUACGACGAUGAGGUGCGCAAGUGGGUCGGCUCUACCGGAAUCGAGAACAUUGGCAAGAGGCUGGUGAACUCGCGGGACGGGCCCGUGACCUUCGAGCAGCCAAAGAUGACAGUCGAGAAGCUGCUAGAGUACGGGCACAUGCUCGUCCAGGAGCAGGACAAUGUCAAGCGUGUGCAGCUUGCUGACACCUACAUGAGCCAGGCAGCUCUGGGUGAUGCUAACCAGGAUGCGAUGAAGACUGGUUCCUUCUACGGUAAAGGAGCACAGCAAGGUACUUUGCCCGUGCCGGAAGGUUGCACCGACCAAAAUGCCAAGAACUACGACCCAACGGCAAGGAGCGACGACGGCAGCUGCCUUUACACCUUUUAAGCAUGCCACUUUUAAUAUCUGAUGUUUUACCUACCUAAGUCCGCAUCGCAUCCAAGCGAUUGCUGGGCAUGUUUUGUUAAUAUAUCUCUAAAUAUAUUGAGUAUACCCAUUUGGCAAAGACCAAUACACCUACUUAUCAUUUGUCA